UGAGUGGGCGGGGAGCGGUGGUGCAGCGGUUAGCGCGCUGCUCUAUGCAUUUGGCGAGUUCAAUUGUGGCCCACGGCCGUCAACACCCGUGACGGUUAUCUGAACCGGUCACGGGCCUCCCCGAGGUCGCCUCGUCCUCAAACGAGUACCUGGUGUGGUGUGUUAAACAUCUCACCACUGGGGGAGACAAAGGCGGCCGGGCGUGGUGUGCGUUGGCCGCCCUCGUGUGCCGUGCCGGCCUUCAUAAGUGCUACUCGUCAAGCAGGGUUUUCCCCAACAACACUUUGAAAAGUCUAUUACGGGGGAUGUUUAUCGGUGCUCGAGCUUGUUGAGCAACAGUCCAAUGAAUGUGGCAAGGAUGCUUGUGUGGGCUGGCCCCGAGCAACGCGGCUCUGGAUACUCCCACCACCACCACCACUAACCAUCCCCGUUUUUUUUUAACAAAAACAACGCGCUCGUUCGUGGUCGUCUUUCACUGCCCUCCUUCAUCCCUCCCACCUCGCCGCAACAACAACCACCACCGCCGCGUGAGUGGAAGGAAUUACCAAACUUUCCACGCGUGCUGCUGCUCGGAGGCCUGACAAGAAUCGCCGCCCGAAACCAUGGGCGACACCUUGUCCUGCGUGGAGCCUUCGAAUCCUCCGUUCCAAAAUACCCCUCAAUCCGACGUCAGCUCUCGACCUCCGAGCGUGAAUUCGGCGGACGUCGUCGAGUCCGUGGACGGCUCCGCUUCGCCGGUCGACCUCAACGCGGCGAGCGAGGCCCAGCUCACCACGAUCAAGGGCAUCGGCACAAAGACGGCGGCGAACAUCGUCGCGUACCGCACGGCCAACGGGCCCUUCCAGACCGUCGAUGACUUGGCCAAAGUGAAGGGCAUCAGCGCGGCGUUCGUCGACAGGCUGCGGCCCUCCUUGACCGUCGGCGGAGGGGGAGAAGGCGCCGGCGGGACCGGCGACGGGGGCGGCGGCCCUCCCGCCGUCAUCGCCCCCGACGGCCUCUGCUACCCGACGUGCCCGUGCCUGGGCCCUGACUUCCCGGCGCCCAUUCCCAGGCCCCAGGUGGAGUCGUUUUCUGGGGUCGUGCGGGGUCGCCCGGCCGUGCGUGUCGCCAGCUGGAACCUGCAGUGCUGCUCGGCCGACAAGAUGGACAACAAUGGCGUGAGGGAGGUGGUGUGCCUCACGCUGCUGGAACAAGGGAUCAAGCUUCUGGCCGUGCAGGAGUUGGCAGAUAAGGUCGCUUUGCAGAAGCUGUGCGCGGAGCUCAACGCGCCGAGCCUGCGCUCCGUCCGCGACUGGCCAAGGCCCCAAGGAGACUGGCGCUGCGUCGUCUCCGAGAACCCCACGGGACCCAUGUACCAGAGCAUGGAGUACGCGGGCUUCUUAUGGGAUGCCUCGUCAGGCCUGGAGCUGCUCAGCGAGGGCCUCGUCGGGAAGAAGAAGGGGAGCAAGCACUUUGCUCGUUACCCGUACCUUGGCUACUUUAAGGCGGGGCGGUUCGACUUCACGCUGGUGAACGUGCACCUCAAGGCGACGGGGCUCGGCAACGCGGAGCUCGAGAAGCUGCAGCUCGAGAUCAUGAAGCUGCCCCAGCUGCUGGACCUGCUGGAGGAGCACCUGAGUGGCGAGAAGGACACGCUGCUGCUGGGGGACUUCAACCUGACGCCAGACGCGAGCGACUUUGACGCUCUGCGCUCGCAGGGCUUCAAGAGCUGCGUCCCCGCCGACGUCUUCACCAACAUCAGCAUCAAGAACCUCAGCGGCUCCAAGUCCUACGACAACGUGUGGCUCAGUCCGGCCGCGCAGGGCCUGUACACUGGUGGCUGGUGCGUGGUCCGUCAGGGCCUCUCUCACCACCUCAUCCCGGACGGGUGGACCUGGGGCGGCGUCGCGUCCGACCACUGCCCCGUGUGGGCCGAGUUCCACUCGGACCGGGACCACGACUCGCAGCCCGAAAACGCCGACGUGCGGGGGAUCGCCAUGCUGGGGCGGGAGAUGUGAGGCGCGGUCGGGAGGAACUGGGGCGGGGGGGUGGGGGGGCACCAUCACCGCCGCCGCUACUGCCACCACCAAAGACAAAACAUCCCCCGUCUAGUUGGGGUUUGAUGAUUUUUUUAUUGUUGUUAAAAGGAGGAUUGGACUGAGGAGGGUUCCUAAGGGUGAAGUUUUAUGAAUGCUUCUGGCCAUGACUGUUCACGAUUGAACAUAUGUGCUGGUUUUAACGCCGUAGACAUUUUGCAUGUGGAGUUCAGCAAAAAAAAAA